UUUCAGCAGGCAGCCCAUGUUGAUGUAGAAAUACCUAAUAAUCACACAACCUGGUUGACCAAAUCUCACUUUCCUUUGGCCAACAUCCAAGCAAAAACUCUUAAAGUUAGGUGCUUUUCCCUUUAUGCUUCUUUAUUCUCUCCACCUUCCUUCAAGGACGUAAAAAGUCCAUCCAUUAGACUCAAUAUCACGAAAUUGACUUCCAACAAACCUCUAUAUCUCACAAUCUUUAAUAUCAUCAUCAUCAUCAUCAUAACCCUUCCUGUAUUCAUACCUGAUUCUAGUUUUUUUCAAAUGGCAAAGUCGGGAAAAAGCCGCAGGUUCAUCAUCUCCUCAUUCCUCUUCAUCGCAUUUCUCUGCACCAUAGCUUCCAUAAACGAAAUCCGAUUCGACCAUUUAUUAAGGUUCAGCAGAUGUGCACUUUCUCUUAAUUCAUCUUUGGAGGACUCUCUUCUACCCAUAAACUCCUCAAACGAUGAAAUCCGUGUCCUUCUCGGGAUUUUAACACUCCCGGACCAAUACCACCGCCGCCACUUCCUUCGUCUCAUUUACGGGACCCAGUCUGUCGUGGGAGCAAAAGUCGACGUAAAAUUUGUCUUCUGCAACCUAACAAAAGAAGACCAGAAGGUUUUAGUGGCCCUCGAGAUAAUGCAAUAUGACGACAUCAUAAUCUUGAACUGCAAAGAGAACAUGAACAACGGUAAGACUUACACCUACUUCUCUAGCUUGCCAAAUAUGCUGAAUGAUGAGGGUGGGUCCUACCCACCGUACCAUUAUGUGAUGAAGGGUGACGACGAUGCGUAUUUCCGGCUUGAUCAGCUAGCAGAGUCCUUGAAGCCAUUACCAAGAGAAGACUUGUACUAUGGGUAUACUAUCCCAUGUAAUAGUAUGGAUCCUUUUGGGCAUUACAUGUCUGGAAUGGGAUAUUUGAUAUCAUGGGACAUAGUCGAGUGGCUAAGGGAUUCAGAUAUCCCGAAAAAACAUCUAGAAGGUCCCGAAGAUAAAGUUUUUGGAGAUUGGAUUCAAGAGGGUAAAAGGGGGAAGAAUCGGCAUAAUGCUAAGUGGUCUAUGUAUAAUUAUCCCGACCCACCCACGUUGUGUACACAUGAACUUUGGCCAGACACGGUGGCAGUACACCUUUUGAAGACACAGGAGAAGUGGAUUCGGACACUACAAUACUUCAAUGCCACCCAAAAUCUUAAACCUUCUAAACUGUACCAUAUACCUUAGGUCAUAAUAGUGCUACAUGAUACCUUAACCAUUUUUGCUUAAUUUUCUAAUCGAAUUUGUAAGCAAUAAAAAGAGUCCAUUCUCGGUCAAUUGAUAAUUCUUCUGUUCUGCAACUACUAUCAUCUUCUUCCUCAACACUACAUUGAUAUUGCACAUGGCCGCUUUUACUUGUGCUGUAACAUGAUGCCACGAACAGCUUAUUUUGCCAUGGUAAUGCCUUAACUAAUCUAAGAUUGAACCAAACAAGGACUAGACUUCUACUAUCUGGGGUACCUUUUCU